AAUGUGCGAAUAGAUUGAUCGGUGCGCCAGUAGAAUUCCGCGUUAUGUUUGUUAAUAAUUGAAGAGUUGUGGGUUUCUUAAACUAUAGGCAACCAACCACAAGCUUUAUCAGGAGACACUGCUGUGAAACAGUCGGAAUCUGAUUACCCCAUUUAUACACCAUUCCUCUUCAACAUUCAUCGCUUCCUUCAUCUUCAACCCCCCAUCAUAUCUUUAUAAACAUUCUGUAAGCGUCUUUUAUGUUUUAGCAUUCAAGAUUUUGAUCAUACAUAUGUUUCUGGUUUUCAAACUGUAUCUGUUUUUCAUCUAGUUAUUUCAGUUGUUUAGUCUGGCUGUUUUCAAAUCUUUUCUUCCUUAAUUCAACAUUUAUAAAAAUCUACCCAGAAUGUAAGUUCAAACACUCCUUAUAAAGUUAUAAUUUUCUUCUGCAAAACAAAAAUAAAAAAAAAAAAAUUUUUUUUUGAAGAAAAGAAGUGAUCUAGUUUCGAUCUGGAUCGAACUCAGAGGAUUACUACGUAACAGUACCUUAAUAAAAAUCUACAAAUUAUGUAAGGUAUUUGUCACUCAUCUUUCUGGUCUUUAGCUUCUAUCUCAAAAAAAAAAAAAAAAAAAAAAAAAAAAAAAAAAAAAAAAAAGUUAAAAAAAAUAUCGAGAUUGUUGAAAAUGGAAGGUGGGGAUGGGCGAACGCCGCCGGUGUCGGCGCCGGCGACGCCGGGAACGCCGGGAGGUCCGUUGUUCACGUCUUUGAGGGUUGACUCUUUGUCAUUUGAGCGAAAGUCAACGCAUCGUUGUACACCAACGUGGGGAGGACCAAACACUUGCUUCACUGAUAUUCCUACACCGGAUAUCUCUCUCACUCGAAAGGUGGGCGCAGAAUUUGUGGGAACGUUUAUAUUGAUAUUUGCAGCAACAGCGGGACCUAUAGUGAACGAAAAGUAUUCAGGAUCAGAGACGUUAAUCGGGAAUGCAGCGUGUGCAGGGUUAGCGGUGAUGAUCAUAAUAUUAUCAACGGGUCAUAUCUCAGGAGCUCAUUUGAACCCAUCGCUCACAAUCGCAUUUGCAGCCCUGCGUCAUUUCCCAUGGGCUCAGGUCCCUGCCUACAUCUUGGCUCAAGUUUCGGGCUCCAUAUGCGCUUCAUUUGCUCUCAAAGGUGUUUUUCACCCCUUUAUGUCCGGUGGUGUUACGGUUCCUUCUACUAGCACUGGCCAAGCGUUUGCACUUGAGUUCCUUAUUACGUUUAAUCUCCUGUUCGUUGUCACAGCCGUUGCUACUGAUACGCGUGCUGUGGGAGAAUUGGCCGGUAUUGCAGUUGGAGCUACUGUUAUGCUCAACAUUCUUGUUGCAGGGAAAUCGAGCGGUGGUUCAAUGAACCCGGUGCGUACACUAGGUCCAGCAGUUGCGGCAGGGAAUUACACAGUGAUAUGGGUCUACUUGUUGGCACCUACGCUUGGGGCACUGGCUGGAGCCGGUGUGUACACAUUGGUCAAACUUCAAGCGGGUGAGGGAGAGGAACCGCGUUCGGCUCGAAGCUUCCGUGACCGUGGUUAAAUGCUGCCAGACAGUUGGAGUAUUGGUAUGCAAGAUAUGUACAAGUUGCAUAACUACUGCUAUCUAUCUAUCUUUGUUUUCUGUGUGGUGUGAUGCUAAUAAAACAGGAUGUGAUCUCAUAUCCCUUUGAACCGGUGUGCCGUUGCCUGAAUGGAUGCUUUACAGGCAAAUGUGUGUGAUGUGCAUGUUCCUUUUUAUGGUUUGCUUGAUAAUAAUUGUAAUCAAAGAACACAUAUAUAUGUAUGUGUAUGGUGUGUGUUUGUUUGAACUUAUGAUAUAUGUAAUAUAUGUUUUGUGACUGUAAGUGUAAGGUAAUUCUCAAGGCUGCC